ACUCUUCCUGGAUGUAUUUGUCAGAGAUUAUUUGAGUGCGACGCUCAUUCAACAUCUCUACAUUCACACAAUGCCAACAACACGGUGGUUUGCGUAUGAGAAAAAGAUGGACGCCCAAUAACAUUGAUGUUUGGAGCAGUUAGUCGCGACGCUGAAUUACGACUUCGAUGGUAGACGUGCUCAGGUUUUUAGCUAAACUACAUGUUAACGGCACCCAGACUGGAGGGGUCCUCUCUGUGUGCAGCUGCCACGGCAGAUUAACGCACCGGCAUAAACUGACUUUUCUCAGACUGAAAAAAAAACCCUGUCUUUGCAACAACAAAAUGUCGUGGUUCAAUCACGUCAGUCCAGACUUGAACCAGCAGCAGCGACCGCAGCCCGCUGACAGCGACAGGCUCGCAGCCACGGACGUGCCCGGCUUCAGGCUCAGGGCUCCCGCACAGGGGUCCCCGACCAUGGCGACACAGCACUGGACCGGGUGCUCCACUCCCAGCGCGGAGGACUUUCCAUCGGCUCCGCGGGGGGUGAGCAGCCCCCCCAGCCUCGGGAACCUGUCCUGCGCCUCUCCGGGUGCGGGCAGGCUCCGGGAGCCGGAGCCCAUCUCCUACGUGAGCCUCCAGGAGCAGCGGUGCGUCCUGAGCUGGUUCCAGGGCUGGACCGCCGCUCAGCGGGACCGGUUCCUCCAGGACCUGCUGGGGAAAGCUGUGCCAGGCAAAGUGUGCACCCUCCUGGAUUCACUCGGCACUCUUCAGGUUAAAGACAGACUACCAAACAUCUAUGAAUGCCAGCUGCGCCUGUGGACCCAGUGGUUUGAGUCCUGGGGAGAGGAGGAGAGGAAUCAUUUCCUGCACAUACUGGAGGAGCAGGACCCAGUUUUUGUGGGCCACUUUUACAGGAUGGUAGCCGGGACAGCGGGAAGAGACUGACUGACGUUCACGUUGUGAUUGGGAGAAGCAAGUGAUGACCACGAGAUGUGUUCAGGAGGGGACAUGUGCUUGUAAAUGUGUGUUGAAACGGAGGAAGGUCUCUUCAGAGAAGUGUUUGCGUCGCCGUCCGUGGGAUUUAUUGUUACAGAUAAAAACCUUUUCAUUAUCAGAGCGCUCAUGCUCAUUCAGUAUACGCUGUUUUUAUUCCGUUUCAUACACCGGGGGUCUCCAGGGCUGCGUCGCGCACCACUCUUCAGUUCAGAACUUUUUUUUGCCGAAUGCUUCCAUCACGGGCGAAGCUCCACCAUGUCGUGACCCAAUGGAGUGAACUUUAAAUGAACAGGUUUAACAUCUAAAGAGGGUUACUUUCUUUCUGUUCUGGACCUGGUGUUUAAAACACCAGGAAUGACAUGGACCAGAGGACACAUUCUCUUAUAAUAAACACAAUACGUCAUUGUAACAUUUGUUUUUUUAACAUUCAGCAGCAGCAACAACCACAACUGUUUGAGAACUACUCAGGGGAUUGUUUUAUGACCUAUUGAGAUACGCGGCUACGGUUUGCCUUGUUUUUUAUUCUAUCCAAUCGAACGAUCCGGGAGGAAGGGACACUUGGUUUCGGACUUUCACCAUCCACAACACACGUUAAUAAAAGGAUAUAUUUUGUCAGUAAAGAGUACAUAUGAGAUCUGUCCCUUUUUGUAGUCCGACAUAAUUCCAAAAAUGUGAGCGGUUGCAUCUGAACCGGAAUAAGAGCGGCUCUCCUGUCGACUGCUGUGUGCUGACCCCGUUUGUUCAGAACCGUCGGAUUGAAUGUUGUUCGCUCCCUUUCUUUGAGAAGAUUGGCUGGCCGUCCCCCGAGGCGGUAACAAAGCCUCUCGGCACCUCCCAGUAACGUCUGCCAGAGGAGAAGCCGAUUGUGCCCAGGACGGAGAGAUUCACAUGAAACCGGCCUGGAUGGUGGAGGCCGGCUCGUAUUUCCACAGAAGUGGAUAUCUCGCUGUUCUCUGCAGACGGAGCUCUUCUCUGGUGCGCUGUGUUUGGAUCCAAGAUCACCCUGCCUGUAAGACCGGGACAUGUCGUAGAUCAUGUGUAUCUUUACAUCACAUUUUUUAAAGGAAACUAACACUAAGGAGUUUAAAGGAGUCCUCCGGUGAUUUUAAAUGUCACUUCCGUCAAAUUCAGGGAAUCAUAAGUGACACGCAUUAAAAGAAGAAUUGUCAAAAUGUAGGUAGCAGAGGCUGAGAGAUCCUGACUUUUGGGCCUCAGCCUGGGUCAACCUACAACACAGAGGAUUGGACUUUCAUUCCCUGUCUUGUAAACGUUGAUUUCCCCAGACUUGACAAAGCUCCUCCAGAACCAGAACAGACAGGAAACAAACAUCCGGCUGAUCCUCCGUACAGUUGGAUUCACAUCUAACAUGUGACCUGUCUGUUUGGGUGUAGGAUUGGAGAUAUUUGUUCGUGAAACUUGUGCAGUUUGAACAUUUAUCAGUUUGGAUUUAAACGUUCAUUCAAAUUAGAAAUAUACGAACAAAUCUGCAUCGCGGAAAAAUUCCAAGAAUUCAAAUGAAGUCUCGUGUGUGUGACUCACUGGGAUGGAUCGUCUUAUCUUCCACUUCACUCAGUUUCAACAUCUGAGGAGAGAGAAAGGACAUGUGUUUUUUUGAGGUGUGUGUGUGUGGGGGGAUAUACAGGACUGUCUCAGAAAAUUAGAAUAUUGUGAUGAAGUUCUUUAUUUUCUGUAAUGCAAUUAAAAAAACAAAAAUGUCA